AUGCCCCAGGUUCUGGAACAACCAGAUGGCCGAUGGGCCUGGGUAGUCCUGCUGGCCUGCAUGGUCACCCAGGCCCUCACCUUGGGCUUCCCUUCCUGCAUCGGCGUCUUCUUCACUGAUCUGCAGCGUGACUUCCAGGCCACCAACAGUGAGAUCUCAUGGUUUCCCUCCAUCAUGGGGGCCAUGCUCCAUGGUGGGGGACCCCUGUGCAGCAUCCUGAUAAAACGUUUUGGCUGUCGAGUGACCAUGAUACUGGGGGGCAUGCUGUCCAGCCUGGGCAUGGUGGUCAGCUCCUUCUCUGGCUCGCUCAGCCAGCUCUUCCUCACGGCGGGAUUGAUCACAGGCCUGGGCAUGUGUUUCAGCUUCCAGUCAAGCAUCACAGUGAUGGGCUUGUAUUUUGUCAGCCGCCGGCCACUGGCCAAUGCCCUGGCCUCCAUAGGCAACUCCCUGGGUGUCACUCUCUGGCCGCUGCUGGCCCGAUACCUUCUGGAAACGCUGGGCUGGAGAGGCGCCUUCCUCAUCUUUGGUGGCAUCCUUCUUCACUGCUGUGUAUGCGGAGCCAUCCUGAGGCCGGUUGCCACCCACGUGGCCCCUGAGCCCAAAGAAGAUCCCCCUCCACCUUCCAAGACACCUACGCGCAGCUGCCUGGCAACGUGCAUCUCAUCCAUCCGGUAUCACCUGGCCUUGGACCUCCUUCGGCACAAUAUGGGCUUCUGCAUAUAUGUAGUGGGUGUGACGUGGAUGACGCUGGGCUUCCCACUGCCGCAUAUCUUCCUGGUGCCGUACGCCAUGCACCACGGGGUGGACCAGUAUUGGGCGGCCAUGCUCAUGUCAGUCAUUGGCUUCUGCAACAUCUUUUUGCGGCCGGUGGCGGGGCUGCUGGCAGGCAGGAAGAGUUUGGCAGCCUACCGGAAGUAUCUGUUCACCGCGGCGAUCCUUGUCAACGGGCUCACCAACCUAAUAUGCACAGUAUCGGCAGACUUCUCGGUGCUCCUGAGCUAUUGCCUGGUGUACAGCCUGUCCAUGUGCGGCAUCGGGAUCCUCAUCUUCGAGGUCCUCAUGGACACCGUCCCAAUGGACCGGUUCCCCAGUGCGCUGGGCCUCUUCACGGUCUUAUGUGGCGUGGCUUCUCUCAUCUCUCCACCACUGGCUGGGCUCCUGCUGGACAUGACCAACAACUUCAAGUCCAUUUUCUACGUCUCAAGCUUCGUGCUCCUCUCAGCCUCGCUCUUCAUCGGCGGGGGCUUCUACGCCGAGGAGAAGAAGAAGAAGAAGAAGCUGAAGCAAAAUGGGCAAGCCAAGGUGGAAGAUGUCAUCUCGGAGUCUGCCCCAAUGCAGGGUCUUAGCUCAGAAGACAAGGACGGCGCCAGGAAGCAACUGUGCCCUGAAAGCAUAUGCUACGUGACCAGUGUCUGA